AGCAAAAAUAUAUAUGUAAGUAGCAAAAUAUUUGGUGGAAUAAAAAACUGAAUUGAAUAUUAAAAUUAGUCUUGAAGCAAAAGUCAAUUUGGCAUAUGCUUGCACGUAUAUCGAUAAGCGCACGAAUCUAUAUUGUUUAUUUUAUUAAUACAUACAAUAAUAACAAAAUACAUAAUUCAUUUUUUAAACUUCGGGAGUAUUUAUACAUUUAAGUAUUUCUAAUGGAUAUCUUGGAUCCGAAAAAGUUUUUAGCAGAACAAUCACCAUCAGAAGGUUACUCUUUUCCUGAAGAAGAUGUUCAAUUAUCCAGCAAUAAUGUUAAUACACAUUCACCUGAUAAUGUAAAAGGAAACAAUUAUUCUAAUUUUCCACCAAAGUAUAUUUUGAAUUUAUCUUUAAAGUCUGAACGCACGUGUCAAAUGGUUGCAAAUGAUGUUCAAUAUGGAAUUUUAAAUCAAGAAGAAAAUAAAUAUCGUUUCAAUGAUGAGAGUGCUUGUAAAAGUUUCCUUAAAAAAUUGUAUAUUAUUUUAUUAGUGCAUAACCUGAUUCUAUUUAGUACAAUUUCAAUAUUUGCAAUUUGCCCUCCAGUAAUAGCCUGGGUUGGAACGAAUAAUAUUUUAGUUGUUAUUGGAUGCUGUAUGCUGCUUGUGGUAUUAUUUAUUUUAGCAAUAAAUGAAAAAAUGUGCCGUUCAUUUCCUAGAAAUUUAAUAAUGUUUUUUGUAUUUACUAAAGCUAUAUCUCUAAUUUUCGGUUAUAUAUCAGUAAAAAGUAAUACAACGAUUUUUUUUGUAAUAUCGAUAUGUUUAACGAUUGGCGUAUAUUUCGUUUUAAUUUUAUUUUCAAUACAAAACAAAUUCAAUCUUACUGUUUGCAGGAAUUCAUUUUUAAUUGUAUUCGUUCUAUUAAUUGAAAUUGUUUCAAUUAAAGCAUUGCUAAAUCCAACAAUAUUAGAAUUAGCAUUGCCAACGCUUGGAACAUCAAUAUUUUUAUUUUAUAUGAUAUAUGAUACACAAUUAAUGAUUAAUGAAAAACAUGAAUAUUCAAUUAAUCCAAAAGAAUAUGUUUUUGCUGCUUUAAUUUUUUAUAUUGACAUUAUAAAUAUCCCACUUCAUAUUUCAAGAAUUAUACGCGGAAUUAAAAUAAGAUUAAAUAAGUAA